AGUUAUGAGGGACCCUGUGAGUAGCCAGUACAGCUCUUUUCUUUUCUGGAGGAUGCCUAUUCCAGAACUGGAUCUGUCGGAGUUGGAAAGCCUGGGUCUGUCAGAUACGUCCACCUACAAGGUCAAGGACAGCAGCGUUGGCAAAAUGACCGGGCAAGCAACUGGAACAGAGCAGGAGAAAAAUCCUGAAGGCGAUGUCCUCCUUGAGUACAGCACCUUCAACUUCUGGAGAGCUCCCAUUGCCAGCAUCCACUCCUUUGAAUUGGACUUGCUCUAAGCCCAAGAUUCCUCUCUCCCACCACUUUGCCCUCAUUGUCUUCCCUUUCAAGCCCUUUCCUUUCCAUCCUUUUCCCCUAUCAAUGUUGCUUUCUCUCCUCCACUGUGUUGAGGUGGUGCUGAUGAAUCUGCCAGAGUUCUGUACUUGUUUGUUUGUUUAUUUAUUUAUUUAUGUAUUUAUUUAUUUUUCAGUUUCUCUCAAGAGCCCUCAAGCCACAAAGGGUUCAAGCAAUGGAAUACUUAGUGACUGGGUCAGGGGGAGUCCUCCUCCUCUCCACCCCAUAAUAAUUCCAGAAAACAGACCUGAUGGGGGCACCAGAGAGUAGUACUAUAAUAGAAGCACUGAUACAUAUAUAUAUUUUUUUUUACCUCAUUUUAAUCAGCUUUAGAGAUUGCUCAAAACUUCCUAAUUCCCUGUUCCAGGCCAGUAAACACAAAUAUUUCUUCAAGGGUUGAUGAAUACCUUGUAAGUUUUAAUUUGAGAUUAGCUGCUACAAGACAGUAGGAUUCCUAAAAGAUUAAGAUGAUAAGAAACUUGCUUUUUCUGAAAUUGGGGGUAAAUGUAUAUAAAACAAGAGGAAAUACUAUGUCUUGGAAAAUGAAAAUAGGGGAAAGCCCUGAAUUGUUUCAGGAAUAGUUAUGCUCUCUCAAAAGGAUGUUUCUUCUUAAGCCUACUUACUUUAUAAUUUUGCUCCUAACUGUGGGUUGAAAACUCUGAGGAAAAUCACUCAAUUUCAAAUCUUAAAAUGCAAUCUCGAUGACUAUUCAUGAUAAUUUGUAAGGUCUUGAUUCUGUUCCUAAAAGGCGUAGGGUUUGGUCCCUAGUACUUUAGACUGGCCCUCCUGCAUCUCUCGCUGAUACCGACCAUUGGGCCUCAGGCACAGUUCUUCAGCUUACCUUGAGACCAGGAAGUGAGCAAUCACCUUCUGACCCUACACCCUGUUCCCACUCUUUCCAAAAUCUUUGCUGAUUUGUGCUGCCAUUUACUCAUAUCUUUAAUAAAGACAUUCAACCCCA